ACCGAGGAUGAGUGCACUUGUCCUGAGUGAAUCCCACAGCCACUCUUCUUCUGUCCCCUCCUUCCACUCUUCCAAAAGGAAACCUUCACUCCCCCUCUAAGAGUGAUAGAAGACAGCCCAUGCCAGUUCUGGGCACCUCUGGCCCAGAAAUUCCCACCCCUCACUGUUGCUGCUUCCUAGCAUGCAGAAGGCAUCUGGCCAUUACAGAGACCAGUCCAGAGUUAGUCAAGAAGUUUUAGCCAUAUCGCUCCUUUAGUACCUUAUGUAGCUACCCCCACAGCGUGUUGAUGAGUUAGAGCUCUCUUGUCCUCCACAAACCCUAUCACUACAUUAUAUCAUAAAGAUGCAGACUGGAAAAUAACAGUGGCUCUUGCACUCUCACCACGGUUCAUGCUAGGGCAGGAAACUUUGAAGGCUAAGUGCUUCUUAAGAUAGAAAAAUUACCAUGAUACCUACAGCAUAAAAACAGUCUAAUCUUGCAAGUCUUACUCAUGUGAGUGAUCCCACCAACCAGUGUUGCUAUUGUCAUGAGAUAGAAGCUGUAGGAUCAUGACUAUAUCUGCCGCUGACAAAUCAUGUGAUAUGUGAUGAAGACUGGCAAAAUUUGCUGAAUACUAUUCAACCACCGCUGCACAUCAAAGUUAGUGCAUAUUAGUGGGUACUGUGUUGCUGUAGGGACCAUCUUUCAAAUAGACACAAAACUGAAGCCCUGGCUACUUGUGGUGAGUAAAAAUCCUAUAGCCCUUUUCAUGAGGUUUAUCUGGUUUCCACAUUAUCAGUAAAUAAAGCAUUUGUUACUAGAAUUUUAGUUAAUUUUGAUUACUAUGAUGACUGAAUACGAUUUGCUGUCCCUUGGCUGUGUUGGCUCUAUAGAGCAUAUAGAGUAAAACAUGUUCAUUGGACUAGUUAGCAAAAUAUGGAUAUCUGUAGUAGGGAACACUCAAAUUGAUUGAAAAAUGAAACAAAGUUUUUAGUAAACAUUUCUGGGUGCUUUUGGCUAAAAGUCAAAACUGCCUGUACUUGGAUGAUUUAAUAGGAAUUUAUUUAAUCAAACAUUGAUGUUAUCUGUUAACAAAUUCCAUUUAUAAUGCAUGUCAGCCAAUGAGUACGAGGGAAUAUACCUUGGGAUACAGUCUUAACUAUUUAGCUCUUGUUCUGUCAAGCCACUUACUACACUGCUAGAUCUCUACCUUGACCUGCAGCUUCUGUGUUGGUUACGUUGUUGACUAGAUUGUGGUCAGGCCUAAGGUGAGGUGAUGAGAAGAGGGUACAAUGAUCUUUCCUUUUGGGAUCUUGUGCUCCCAGUGCAAAAGGGGGAGGGAUGCACAGUACCAAAGCUAGCACUGGAGAACUCAAAGGGGGCCAUAGCAACUCUCCAAACGCUGUGCCCUUACAAAGGGUGUUGCAGUUCCUGCUUUGGUAAGUUCUCCAGCAGAGACUCUCACUGGGUAGGAGCCUUUCACAUUGUCAUCCAACACAGCAUUCUCUUGUAAAAGCCAUUUUUGCUUUUGAUAACACUGCUCUGUUUAGGGUGACUAUGGAAAUAAAGGAAAGAGAGGGCGUAAGGGAUCAGACUGUGUACAGAUCUUUCAAGUAGCAGGCAGUGCCCCUGCAAGUGAUCAAUAGCUCAGAACUUAGUGAAACCUAAUAAACUCUUUACAGUAGAACCUCAGUGAAACCUAAUAAACUCUUUACAGUAGAACCCAAGAGUUAUGAACCCCAGAGUUAUGAACUGACCAGUCAAUCAAAUACCUCACUUGGAACCGGAAAUACGCAAUCAGGCAGCAGCAGAGACCAAAAAAAGAAAACACAGUACAGUACUGUUAAAUGUAAACUACUAAAAAAUAAAGGGAAAGCUGCAUUUUUCUUCAGCAUAGUAAAAUUUCAAAGCUGUAUUAAGUCAAUGCUCUGCUGUAAACUUUAGAAAGAACCAUAACAUUUUGUUCAGAGUUACGAACAUUUCAGAGUUACAAACAAUCUCCAUUCCCGAGGUGUUCGUCACUCUGAGGUUCUACUGUACUAAGUGGUGCAGCAGAAAAAGACUCUCAGUGACUUUCCCAGAGUGUCCGGAGUGUCUAGGGUGCAGUCUCUAUGACUCUGACUAAAGUACAUUGUGGCUGAUAGCACCAGCUGAUUAAGGUGAUUGAGGUCACCAACGGACAAGAUGAGCCUGUAGUGAGGAAGAGAGGUCUAGUUAAUGAGUAAUUCCAGGAAGUAACAAAGGUUUAUAGAAACAACACAGCCUCCAACAUCAGAGAGUUUUCAAGUUGAGACCAAGUCUAAUACACACACCCUUACCCCAUCCCCACCCCCCAAAACACACACCCUUCUCCAACAGCAACAGCAUGAAAAAUAAGAACAGCCAAGGAGCACAGGAAAGUCCCUCCAGAUGUCCAGAUAACAGCGCAUUUAAACAACAGAAACUGCCAGCCUGGAAGCCCAAGCUCACAGCUCCGACUGUCCUCUCCAGCUUCUUUACCAUUGGAGUCUUCUGCCUCCUCAUGGGAAUCUGCCUAAUAUUGUAUGCAAGAAGUGUCAAAGAAAUCCAGAUUAACUAUUCAGACAUAUGUUUGAAUUGUUCAAAACUGCGUGAAAACUCCUCUAACUGGGAUAAAGAAUGCGACUGUUCUGUGCACUUCACACUGCAGGAAAAUAUGCUGGGUGAUGUUUUUAUGUACUAUCGUCUGCAAAACUUUUAUCAGAACCACCGUCGGUAUGUCCUCUCCAGAAGUGAUGCACAGUUGCUGGGUCAAGAUGUAAACAUUCAGAACAGCAAUUGUGCGCCUUUCACAAUCUAUCCUAACGGAACUCCAAUGGCUCCAUGUGGCGCCAUCGCCAACAGUAUGUUCAAUGAUUCUAUUCAACUUUUUUACUAUCUUAACUCAUCCACUGCUAUCGAAGUCCCAUUGCUGAAGAGUGGAAAUAGUUGGUGGUCAGAUAAAAAUGUGAAAUUUCGGAAUCCAACAUCAUACAAUCUCUCUUCUGCAUUUGCAGGAACAACAAGGCCUCCUUACUGGCAGAAACCAGCUUAUUUACUGGAUGAGGAGGAUGAAAGGAACAAUGGUUAUAUAAACGAUGACUUUAUCAUCUGGAUGCGGGUGUCAGCCUUUCCCACAUUCAGAAACCUUUACCGUCAUCUCAGACAUACCAACCAGUUUGCUGAUGGUCUCCCAGCAGGGAAUUACACCUUCCACAUUACCUACAAUUUCCCUGUUACCAAAUUCAAAGGGAAAAAGCAGGUGGUUCUCUCAACCAUCACAUGGAGUGGAGGGAGUAACCUCUUCCUGGGAAUUGCCUACACGGUUUCUGGCGCGGUGAUAGUGCUGGCAGGUUUUAUCAUAACUGCGAUUCACUUAAAACUCCGAAAAAAGAAAACGUACUUUCAGAGAUAACCCAAAUUACAUAGCUUUCUGAAGAAACAUAAAGGUGCACCUUUGAACAAGGGAUGUGGGGAGCAUGGACCUUUCACACUGUCCUCCUAGCGGUGGAGACAUUUCAGUCAUGGUAUGGAUUUGGUAAACACAAAAGUGUUACGAGCAGGGUGAUGUUUUUUCAUUACCCGAAACAUAUACAAUCUGAUCAGCUUGGCUUGGUUUAUGCUCUUAUUAGCAUAUGAAUUACAUAGAAGUAAAUUUUUCCCUAGUGACUACCCAUCAAGGUCUGAGAUGAGCAUCAGUAAGAGAAAUCUUAGUCAUUUUAGACAAACUCCAGAGAUGGUAUUGAGCACAAUUACUGGGCCAAACCCCAAGGUCCUUACUCAGUUUUUACUAAAUCCUUACUCAGGCAGAACUCCUAUUGACUUCACUGGGAGCUUUCGCUGAGUAACAAUUGAUGCCCUGAUCCAACAAAGCACUUAGGCACCGUAUAUUCUCACUGAAAUCAGUGGGACUAUGCAUGUGCUUGAAGUUACAUGCAAGCUUAAGGGUCAAAUUUUAAAGGUAUUUAAAGGAGUUAGGUGCCUUUAAAAAUCUGGUCCUAAGAGCUUUGCUACAUCAGUGCCUGAGUAAGGACCUUGAAAUUUGUCCCCCUCGGAGCAUACCCUGGAUAUUAGGGGUGGGAGAGUCUCUCACUUAAGUGAAUGGGGUUGGGUAGAGUUCAAUCCUCAUUGAAUGCAUUUAAACCUUCUUUGCUGCUGUUUAGCUGAAGACCGUUUUCUGCAAGGCUGGAGUAAGAGGACAGCAGUGCAGUGAUUUACAUUUUAAAGGUUAUCCUUGUGACAGAGAAGCUAAAGUUUAGACUCUGAAGAAAAGAAGAGAUAGGACUAAAACAUAAACAUGACUAUUUAAAUGUAGGCAUUAACUAUUUCACUGCUGAUCACUUCAGCAGAAACAUCUAGCUAACAUGCUUAGGCCACAAUCCCAAAUCGUCUCCUACUCUAUCCCGUGCCAAAAGCUCCAGCUGUCUCUCCUACACCCUCGCCAAUACCUCCAGCUUCUUACCAGACAACUUCUAUGGCAUUGUCAAUAGAAAAUCAGUCAACUUGAAAAUACGGGGCAGGAUAAACUUAAUUUAAUUUAAUCUACAAACAAAUUCUGAGACUGCUUAAUUGUAUCAUUUUCAUGGUUAGUUCACUUAUAAACCUCAGUUUUUAAAAAUGUAAAUAGAAUUUUCAGUCUGUUGCAGAAUCUGGGGAACUUUGCUGCAGAAUUUAGAUCAAGUUUGCCGUGGAGUACAUGGAUGAUUAUGAGGGUGUGUGGGGGGGUUCAUUGUGAAAGUGCAUAUGAAAUUAAAACUAAUACUCCUUUACUUAA